CGUGGCUUAUGACCCCAGCAUGACACGUGUCGUGGGUGGCACAGAUGCCAAGCCAGGGGCCUGGCCGUGGAUGGUCAGCAUCCAGCACCCCUGGAUACCGCGCCUGAAACAUCUGUGUGGAGGGUCUCUCAUCAGCACACAGUGGGUCCUCACAGCAGCCCACUGCUUCGAUAAGGUCACGGAAAUCAGCAAGGUGUAUGUGGUGGUUGGGGCCACCCAGUUAACUAAGCCAGGCCAUGGGGCAGAAGUGCGCCAUGUCAAGCAGGUGCUGCUACACCAGUACUACAACCAUGAUGAUAUGAGCUACGACAUUGCCCUGAUGGAAUUGGAUCAUCCUGUCAAGUGCAGCCCCUACAUCCAGCUGGUCUGUGUUCCCGACACCAGACUGAGAGUGUCAGAGCUGCAAAACUGCUGGGUGGCUGGCUGGGGUGAAACUGCUCCAAGAGCUCAAAGAUCAAGUGAUCGCCUCCAGGAGGCCAAGGUCCAGCUCAUCGAUCUCCAGGUCUGCAACAGCACUGGCUGGUACACAGGGAAGGUCCACACCCACAAUGUGUGUGCUGGUUACACACAGGGCGCCAUCGACACCUGCCAGACAAUGAAGAUAAAAGCCCUUUUAGCGGUGCAGAGAUUUAAAACUUUAGGUCUCAUUAAAUUUUGA